UCCAGGUACUGAUGCCACCACCAUGCCGGCUUUCAGGCAAGUUGGAGAGAAGCAGCUUCCUCAAGAAGUUACUUUUAUGGCCUGGUCUCCUAAGAGGGAUCUGAUUGCCCUGGCAAACAGAGUGGGGGAGGUAUUGCUUCACCGCCUGGCAAAUUUUCAGCGAGUCUGGAGUUUGCCGCCAAAUGAAAGCACGGGCAAAGAUGUGUCUGCGCUCGCCUGGAGACCAGACGGCAAAAUUCUCGCUUUUGGACUUGCGGAUACGAAGAAAGUUAUUCUGUGCGACGUGGAAAAGCCAGAGAGUUUGCAUUCUUUUUCGGUCAGCGUUCCUCUGACAUUCAUGUACUGGAUGGAAGUUACAGAAGAAAACAGUGUUCUCACUUCGUUUUAUAACGCUGAAGACGAAGCCAGUCUCCUCCUUCCUAAGCUGCCUGCUUUGCCAAAGAACUACAGUACCACAGCAAAAAUCUUCAGUGAAGAAAAAUCCGAUGAAAUUAUGAAACUCAUGGGCGACGUCAGGCUUAAUGCCCUGGUUCUCGGAGGCAUUGAUGGGUUCAUUGAGAUCUAUGCUUACGGAAUGUACAAGAUUGCGACUAUAACAGGGGUGACGGGUUCCUGCCUUGCGUUGUGCUUAUCCAGUGACUUGAAAUCACUUUCGGUUGUGACAGAAGUAGACAAUUGUCCGGACACCGAUCCCGAAAUAACGUACUUCCAAAUGGACACCAGUCUGCUCUCAACCUAUUUACCAGAAGUGACUCGAAUGGCCCGAAAAUUUACGCACAUUUCCACUCUCCUGCAGUACUUAAAGCUUUCGCUGACCUGCAUGUGUGAAGCUUGGGAAGAAAUAUUGUUGCAGAUGGAUUCACGAUUAACCAAGUUUGUACAGGAGAAGAAUACAACCACGUCCGUGCAGGAUGAAUUUAUGGAGUUACUUUUGUGGGGCAAAGCAAGUAUUGAGCUUCAGGCACUGCUAAUGAACCAGCUCACCGUCAAGGGUUUAAAAAAGCUUGGCCAGUCCAUGGAAUCGUCUUACUCCAGCAUCCAGAAGCUCGUGAUAAGUCACCUGCAGAGCGGUUCGGAGGCCCUGCUGUACCACCUGAGCGAGCUGAAAGGCAUGGCUUUGUGGAAGCAGAAGUACGAAUGCCUUGGCUUAGACGCCUCCGGAAUCGAAGAGGCGAUUACUGCGGUCGGUUCCUUCAUUCUGAAAGCCAACGAACUCCUCCAAGUUAUAGACAGCAGCAUGAAAAAUUUCAAAGCAUUCUUCCGUUGGCUUUAUGUAGCCAUGCUUCGAAUGUCCGAAGACCCUGUUCCUCCCGAAUUGAACAAGAUGACCCAGAAGGACAUUACUUUUGUGGCUGAUUUUCUCACGGAGCACUUCAAUGAAGCACCUGAACUCUACAAUCGAAAAGGGAAAUACUUCAACGUGGAGAGAGUUGGGCAGUAUUUAAAAGACGAAGACGACGAUCUUGUCUCUCCGCCUAACACACAUGGAAACCAGUGGUUUAAUUUCCUUCAAAAUAGUAACGGUCUUAAAGAAAGCCCGUUGCUGUUUCCAUACUACCCUCAAAAAUCACUGCAUUUUGUAAAGAGGAGAAUGGAAAGGAUCAUUGAUCAGUGUCUCCAAAAACCAGCUGAUGUGAUUGGGAAAACUGUCCACCAGGCGUUUUGUAUGCCUUUGUAUAGGGCCUCCAAAAGUGAGGAUUCGACGUCUCAGCUGCUUAAGUUGCCCUUUUUGUGGCACGACAAAUCGUACAAUUUGCAUUAUGUUCUAUUCACCAUGUUAGAGAACUCGGUGUCCAAACUCUACAUUCUGCGGAGGCAUACGGACAUUUCAAGGUCCACGAAUAACGGACUGCUCGCUGUGGAGUUUGGAAAUUUUCUGAACAGAAGCCUUAACGAAAGUAAUGAAACAAGCUCCUACAGCUGUCUGGAUGCUCAUUUUUACGAUGACGAAACGAUAACAGUCAUCCUGGUGGAAAAUUCAGAACAAGAGGGGAAGGAACGGAUUUUGGCUCAGUUACCUUUGUCAUCCAUCUGUACGGAGGGGAACCAGGACACGGGGUUUAACUGGAAUUCUGGUCAAAGGUUAGACAUGCAGCGGGAAAGCAUUCCUACCUGUACCGUCACCCCAGAGACUCAGUGGAGGGUGCUGGAGAAUAUGAAGGCUAACUACGUCACAGUGAACGGAAUCCGGAAAGUGUCUUGCGUUCUAAGUUCGAACCUACGGCACAUCCGCGUGUUUGAAAUGGAUGAAGACGACGGAGAAGCUGAGGAAGAGGAAGAGGAGGAAGCCCCUCAGGCUCUCGGCCUAUCCCAAGAAGAACUCAACCAGUCAACAAACACGGCUGAAGGAGAAUAGGCCUUGGCUCAGCUGAGCUGGGAGGACGCAUUGAUGUGUCGUUUUGCAAGUUUUGCCGGCGUCACACGGGAGGACGGCCGGGGAAGUAACCUCCUAACCGUGGCCACCAUCGUCUUCAAAACGCAGUGUAAAGGAAAAUAAAACGGAGCUUUUAUUUUGUAAA